ACCCUCUAAAUGGGUGGGCCUCUAACAGAGACAGGUGAUAGUAUUGAUAACUGAUAAGGUCAUUCACUGAUUCAUCAUUCAUCUUCUAUCUUCUUCCCCACUACCUCCAAGGCUUGCAACAAAUGUCUCUUUCUUCAAUCUGGACUGCAAUAAUGACGAGAUAUUUGUAUGGGACUGCUUUCCACAGACUACUGGCUCGUGUCCUCUACUUUCCAACACUAGUCAGACUAAUAUUCAAACAGAAAGUCUCUAUCACCAACUGGUACGAUAGGAUCGAUGACACAGUUAUAUUAGGGGCACUACCUUUCAGAAGUAUGACUAAAGAGUUGGUAGAGGGAGAGAAAGUGAGGGCAGUCCUCUCUUAUAAUCAAGAUUAUGAACUAAAGCUCUUUACUAAUAGUUUAAAGGAUUGGGAGAAGAAUGGAGUAAAGCAGUAUGUAUAUCCAACUUGGGAUUUCACUCCUCCUACUCAGAAGCACAUCGCUGACGGUCUAUUUGUGAUUGAUAGGGAGAGAUUGAACAAGAGCUCAGUGUAUGUACACUGUAAAGCUGGUAAAGGAAGGAGUGCAACAGUUGUAGCAUGCUAUGUUAUGAAGAGGUACAAGAUGGUCCCUGAUGAUGCUAUUGAUUUCAUCGAGAGAAAAAGACCACAGAUAAGAAUGAACUCUCAUCAGAGACAAGCAAUAACUGAAUUUUAUGAAAAUUUAAUUCAUAAAGCAAACUGAUACUUUAGUUUUAUACAUGUAUGUGUGUGUGUGUAUUUGCAAGAUGAAAGUAUUGCAUGUUGACUAUUGUAUUAAAUACUUUUGUCUUACUGAAAGAAAUUUCUGAAGUUAAAA